AUGCAAAUUCGGCUCAGCAAACCAGCUAGUGAAGGUGUUGGAGGUACAAAGUCCUUGCCUGAAGAAACUGUGACUGUUGCAUGUCCCGAUCACCUUGUCUUAGCUGAUCUUCCUGUAGCUAAGAGCCUUGGUUCGGCAAGCGAGACUGCUUUUCUCAAGAAUGUUGGUCGCAGAUCCCGUCGUCAGCUUGGUGACCGGGUUCAUUUUUGUGUCCGUUGCGACUUUCCUAUAGCUAUUUAUGGGCGUCUGAGCCCUUGCGAACAUGCUUUCUGUUUGGACUGUGCUAGGAGUGAUUCUAUCUGCUACCUCUGUGAUGAACGCAUUCAAAAGAUUCAGACAAUCAAAAUGAUGGAAGGAAUUUUUAUUUGUGCUGCCCCUCACUGUCUGAAGACCUUCCUAAAUAAGACUGAAUUUAAAUCGCAUAUUAACGAGAAUCAUGCCGACCUUCAUACAAUAAGGGAAAUAGAAGGAAAUGAGUCGGAGGCUACCAGUGCCAGAAAAACUUCAGCUUCAGAUUCAACAGUUCAAGCACCAUUAAGGUCAGGUUUUCCCUCUAGUUCGAGUUUCCAGGUUCAUGAACAACCAUCUCCAAGGCCUGUCAUGCCAGUGCCAACUUUCCCUGGACAGAUCCUAAAUCAUCCAUCAGAACUACAACAUGACAAUAACCAAGCCCAAAUCUUUGAGAGACCUGGCCCACUGAACCAGUUUCCUCCGCAAGCUUUUGACUCAUUGGGUGGCCUGCAGCCAAACCCAGUGCCAAUCAAUCCUAUUCCGGCUCCCCCUCAAUUUGGUUAUGCUCCUUAUGCGCCUACUGGAACGCAACAAUUCUAUGGAGGUCCCUACGAUAUGCCAAGGCCAGAUUCAACACCAGAGGUUGGGUCAGAACAGGGUCCAUUGAUAGGUUUCCCGCAGGGUCCUGCUGGAGCAAUGAAUUUCGCAGAAAAUUAUCGGCCCUGGAAUUUGGGGCCCGCUGGGCCUUUUGAACCUCCUCUGGUAGGUCAAGGUGAAUACGGACGGAGCAUGGGGGUUUUACCUCCAAAUCUGCCUCCUGCCAAUAAAGGGAUGGAACAUGGGCAGGGUGGAAAUUUUGUGGCCCCACAAUCCAUGUCCCUUCCACCACCACCGCCACCUAUACCUCCAACCCACUUAUCACAGCUUCAACGAGGCAGGUCGUACUAUGGUGAGGCUAGCCAUGAUGGUUCACCGGGCUUUGGGUGGCAGCAUGAGAAACGUGAUAGCUUUGGAAGUGGCCAGGAUUAG